AUGAAAGUGUUCAGUUUUGCGUACUAUUUGCUGUGCUUUCUGCUGUUGCACUCGAUACCGAAGGGCUAUACACAGGGCGAUAAUGCAAACACCGACACAACGGCAGUGGCGGCAGUGGCGGCAACCGCCACCACAGACAGUACAGCGACGGAUAGUUCCCAGACGUCGAGCUCCACCUCCGCUGCGUCGUCUACCUCUGCUGCGUUAAAGAAGGACUCGUCACAUUUGAAGACCACUUCUUUGCUCACGUGUAUGGAUAACUCACAGUUCUCAGCACAGUUUUUUGACGUCAGGUAUUACAGACACAACAGCUCCGUUGUGUUCAAGAUUGACGCUACAACCACUAUAAACGAGAAGAUUAUCAUCAAGGCAGAGAUUAUCGCCUAUGGGCUCAAGAUUAUUAACAUGGAUUUUGACCCGUGUAGUCUGAACCAAGUAGGGAUUUGUCCAUUGUCCCCCGGUAGAAUUGAUAUUAGCUCAACGUACAAGAUAGACUCGGACCAAGUGAAACAGAUCCCAUCUAUAGCGUACACGGUGCCCGACUUGGACGCGCAAGUACGUGUUGUCGUGUACUCGCAAAACGACACGGAUUUCAACACACCGUUGGCUUGUGUACAGGCGAUCCUCAGUAACGAUAAGACCGUGCAGACUAAAUACGCCUCUUGGCCCAUUGCUGCCGUGUCAGGUGUCGGGGUGCUCACUUCUGGGUUUGUCUCAGUGAUAGGGUACAGCGCGACGGCAACGCAUAUCGCUUCCAAUUCUAUCUCUUUGUUCAUUUACUUCCAAAACCUCGCGAUCACAGCAAUGAUGGGUGUAUCAAGGGUACCACCGAUGGCAGCCGCAUGGACUCAGAAUUUCCAGUGGUCCAUGGGGAUCAUCCGCGCCGAGUUCAUGCAGAAAAUAUUCAAUUGGUACGUCCAAUCCACAAGGGGAACGUCCACUGUGGUCGUCGCAAACAAAAACGUACUGUCCGUCAGCGUCCAGAGGAAGAGAGACUUGGUUAGAGACUUGUUCAAAAGGGCUAUCACUGUAGCCUCCUCUAGCGAUUACAAUUUCGACGCCAUCACAGACGACGCUAACUUGUACACAACAGACGAGAGAGACUCAAACGCAUACUCUUCUAGGAUCCUUGUGCUACGUGGUAUCAAGCGUGUUGCGUUCAGAGCGGGGAUCGAAUUGUCAAACUUCUUCCUCACAGGGAUCGUGUUCUUCCUCUUCUUUCUCUUCGUGGUCAUUGCAGGUUUGAUCUUCUUCAAAUCAUUGCUGGAGCUCCUUACAAAGGCAAGAUUGAUGCCAGAGACGUCCAAUUUCUUCCAGUACAGGAAAAACUGGGGGUCUAUCAUUAAGGGUACGCUAUUCAGAUUGGCGAUCAUUGCGUUCCCACAGAUAUCUCUAUUGACCAUCUGGGAAUUCACCCAGAACGAUUCACCCGCCGUCGUCGCCGAUGCAGCAAUAAUCUUCAUUAUUAUCACAGGGCUGUUGACAUACGGUACUGUAAGAGUACUUAUGAAGGGUAACGAGUCCAUGCGUCUGUACAAGAAUCCAGCGUAUCUACUGUACGGUGACACAUAUUUCUUGAACAGGUACGGGUUUCUAUACGUGCAGUUCAAAGCAGACACAUUUUGGUGGUUGUUGCCCCUGCUAAUAUAUUCAUUCCUGAGGUCACUAUUUGUGGCAGUCCUGCAAGAGCAAGGUAAGGCACAAGCGAUGAUUAUUUUCGUCAUCGAACUGUUCUACUUCAUUGCCGUGUGCUGGAUCCGGCCAUACCUGGACAAAAGAACAAAUAUCUUCAACAUCGCGAUCCACUGUGUCAAUCUAAUCAACGCUUUAUUCUUCCUAUUCUUCAGCAAUCUGUUCAAACAACCAGCAGUGGUAUCCUCAGUGAUGGCCGUUGUCCUGUUCGUAUUGAACGCCGUGUUCGCACUGUUUUUGUUGCUCUUCACGAUUAUAACGUGCACACUGGCUUUGGCACACAGAAACCCAGACGUCAGAUAUCAACCAAUAAAGGACGACCGUGUCUCCUUUAUUCCAAAGGUUAACAACACGGACGGCAGCAUGACCAACUUGAACAACAAUAAAUCCGAGGCAGAGCUAUUCGAGUUGAGACAAGCGGUCUUGGACACUAACGAAACCGAUAAAGAGAAGGGGCUGAGAGAGGAUGCAUUUGGCAACAGGAGGAUAUAUGAUGACGAGGCAAGUUCCUACAGUAUGGAAAGGUCCUUUAACGGGAAUAAGAGUUCAACGGGUCUGCUUGAUGGAGAUGAUUCUGCCAAAGUUGUGCAACCAUUUUCUGUAGUGAACAACAACGCGGCAGGUAGCUCGGUUAACGCUUCGCCGUCAGUGGGGAAUUCCAACUUACACCCUAACUACUUCACAUCGCAGUCGCGUUCUCCAGCAAGAAACAAUAACAGUAACAACGGCAACCUGAAGAAACCCGAGACAAGUUUCUACAAUGGGAACCACUCAUAUUCCAGAGACUUUUUAUGA